AUGUGUACUAGCUCAAAGAGCGCCGUCAUCUCCUCUUCAUCUCCAAACAUCAGCGGUCGAGAGUUAGUAAGCAACGCAUGGGAAAUUUUCGGCGACUCACAAGUGUCCAAUAUAUCGACGCACCACUUAAUCGUUUCAACUUCUCACAUAGUAUUCCAUGUAAUCUUUACAAGAGUAAACCCCGAGAACCCGAGGGCUAGACAAUUGAUCGACUACACGAACAAACAUAAUCGGGUUUAUACUUCUGGUGUAGGUAAACUGUAUGGAGUAGCUCUGCUUCGCUUCACCGAAAGCCUUAGGCGAGUGAGAAACCUGGGAACAUUAUUCGUUAGAAAACACUGUGGCUAUGUCAGACAGCCAUGCCAUCUAAGGUGGCAGCGGCUUAGCCUGUCUGCACCUUUAAGAGCCCCACCUCCCGCUAUAUCACUAUUCUUCCACACCCUCAUAACAAUGAGACUUCUUCAUUUUAAUCAGGAUGGAAAGCUCAUCUCAACAGACUUCAGCGGUAAGGCAGCAAUUCCGCCUUAUGCCAUCUUGUCGCACAGAUGGGGAGACUCAGAGGUUCUUUUUGCAGAUAUUGCAAACGGAGGCUAUAAGAAGAAAAAAGGAGGGUACCAGAAAAUUGAGUUCUGCGCUAAGCAGGCAACUGAGGAUCAGCUACAGUACUUCUGGAUUGACACCUGUUGUAUUGACAAAUGGAAUAUCAACGAGCUCUCUAGGUUGAUUAAUUCUAUGUUUAACUGGUACGAGAAUGCGAAAAAAUGCUAUGUAUUCCUGCUGGACGUUUCUGUACCUACAACAGCAGCGGUAACCCAACAAAGCGAUUGGGAAGCAUCGUUCUGGAAGAGUGAGUGGUUCUGCUGGGGCUGGACACUCUAG